AUGUCCGCGUCACUGCAGCUGCCGCUGCUGCAAGUCGUGCCCUGCGGCCCCUACGACAUCGUACUGGGCUCGUCGCUGCUCCAGUCGCAGUACGUCGCGACGGAUCUGCUCGAGCGCCUGCCGUCCAUCGCGACGUUUGUGAUCCUCACGGACGCCAACGUCGGGCCCCUGUACGCAGAGCCCCUGCGCGCGCAACUCGCGGCGCUGCUGCAGCUGCAACAGCGCGACACGCGCCGCGUACUGCUGCACACGAUCCCCGCGGGCGAAGCGUCCAAGAGCCGCGCGACAAAGGCCUUCAUCGAAGACCGCGUGCUGUUCCCCGCGCGCUGCCAUCGGGACACGUGCGUCGUGGCCGUGGGCGGCGGCGUCGUGGGCGACGUGGCCGGCUACGUGGCGGCCACGUACAUGCGCGGCGUGGCGUUCGUGCAGGUGCCGACGUCGCUGCUCGCGUGCGUGGACUCGAGCAUCGGCGGCAAGACGGGCAUCGACGUCGAGGCGGGCAAGAACCUGCUGGGCGCGUUCCACCUGCCGCAGCGCGUGUACAUUGACCUGCGCGUGCUGCAGACGCUGCCGCAGCGCGAGCUCGUGAACGGCCUGGCCGAAGUGAUCAAGUCGGCGGCGAUCUUUGACCCGGUGCUGUUUGAGCUGCUCGAGGCGUCGGCCGAGACGGUGGUGGCGCUCGCGGACAUGGCCGUCGUGCAGCGCGUGGUCGCGAGGUGCGUCCGCGUCAAAGCGGCGGUCGUGACGCAGGACACGAAGGAGAUGGGGCUGCGCGCGAUCCUCAACUUUGGCCACAGCAUUGGCCACGGCAUUGAAGCGCUGCUCCAGCCCGAGUUCCUCCACGGCGAGUGCGUGGCCAUGGGCUGCAUGAAGGAGGCAGAGAUUGCGCGCGGCAUGGGCGUGUGCUCGGCCGCAACGGUCGGCCGACUGCGGCGCUGCCUCACGACGUACGGACUGCCCGUGCGGGUCCCGGACCACGUGGCCACGCGCGACAUUUUGGUGAAGAUGGAAGUCGACAAGAAGAACUCGGGAGGCGUCAAGAAGAUUGUGCUGCUCGAGGAGAUUGGCAAAGUGCUGGCGGACCCGUACGCGCGAGCGGUGGACGACCGUCAGAUUGAGUUGGUGCUGGAGAAACAAGUCCGCAUGGUGCCUGGCGCGAAAGCCAGCGGUACGAUCCGUGUUCCUGGAUCCAAAUCCAUUUCGAACCGCGUGCUGCUCAUGGCCGCGCUUGGCAGCGGGUCGUGUCGCAUCACGGGGCUCUUGCACUCGGACGAUACCCAAGUGAUGAUGAAUGCCUUGCAGAAGGUUGGCGCCAAGUUUUCGUGGGAGAACAGCGGCGCUGUGCUCGUUGUCAAAGGCACGGCCGGGAAGUUCAGCACUGUUGCCGACGGCGAGGAGAUCUACUUGAGCAACGCCGGCACGGCUGCUCGCUUCCUUACAAGCGCGAUGACGCUGGUGCCGCACGAGAAGAACGGCACAGUGAUCGUCACGGGUAACCAUCGCAUGAAGGAACGUCCGAUUGCACCACUGGUGGAUGCACUGCGUGGAAAUGGCUGCGACAUCGCUUACACGGAAAAUGAAGGGUGCCCACCACUCGCGAUCCGCGGCACUGGCUUACGUGGCGGCACCGUGCGUCUAGCUGCCAAGGUCAGCAGUCAGUACGUGUCAUCGGUGCUUAUCAGCGCACCGUACGCAAAGGAGCCGCUCUUGCUGGAGCUUGAAGAGGACGAACCGACUUCGCUGCCGUACAUUCUCAUGACCGUACAGCUAAUGAAAGAGUUCGGCAUCGCGGUCGAAACGCUUGCUCCCAACCGCUACCGUGUGCCAUGCGGCGUGUACGAGAAUCCGGACGCGGUGUCCGUGGAAGUGGACGCGUCGUCAGCGACGUACCCGCUGGCGUUUGCUGCUAUCACAGGUGGACAGGUGACUGUAGAAGCUUUAGGCGAUACUAGUCUGCAAGGAGAUGCCGCUUUCCACACUCUGUUGCGAUCGAUGGGAUGCACGACGACGCAGGACGCUACCUCGACGACAGUGACUGGGCCACAGGACGGCUCACCUCUCAAGGCUGUGGAGAUCGACAUGGAGACGAUGACCGACGCGUUCAUGACUGCUGUUGCCCUUGCUGCUGUGGCGGACGGCACGACGAAGAUUACCGGUAUCGCCAACCAGCGUGUAAAGGAGUGCAACCGCAUUGAAGUGAUGGUGACAGAGUUGCGCAAGAUCGGCGUGGAGUGCGGUGAACUGCCCGACGGCAUUUGGAUCAAGGGUACGGCAGGUAAGACCGAUCACUUGAAAAAAGCAUUGAUCGAGUGCCACAAUGACCAUCGCAUCGCCAUGAGCUUUGCGGUUCUCGGCUCUGUGGUGGACAACGUGAUCAUCACCGACAAAGAAUGCACGGAGAAGACAUACCCGGAGUUCUGGGACCACGUGCAAAUGCAUCUUGGUCUUCAAGUCGCACCCGUCGUCAAAGAGGUGGCUGGCGAUAGCGACGUUGAUCCCACAGUCCCUAGUGUGUUUGUUAUCGGCAUGCGAGGUGCUGGUAAAAGUUCCCUGGUGAAGGCGGCGGCCAGUGCCAUGAAACUAGACGUUCUAGAUACAGACAAGGUGCUGGAAGAAGAACUUGGCGAGCCCAUUGCCGACUUUGUUGCCCGCCACGAUCACACGUGGGAAGCCUUUCGCAAAAUGGAGAAAGAUCUGCUGCUGCGUCUGAUUGCAAACCCGCCCGCAGCCACCAUUAUUUCUUGCGGCGGUGGCGUGGUAGAGACUCCAGAAGUCGCGGUCGCGCUCGAGAAGUACUUGUACGUGGUUCAUGUUCACUGCGAUAUCAAGGAUGUUUUGUCGUAUCUAGAGUCCGCCGAGGAGUCGCACCGUCCGUCAUUGGGAGACAGUCACGCGAACAUUUGGGCACGGCGAAAACCUCUGUAUGCGCGCAGCUCGUCGUUCGAGUUCGUUGUGAACGCUGGUGACGUGGAUUACCCGCGCAUCAACCGCGACUUUGUGCGUUUUCUUUCCGUCAUCGUGCCAAAUCUGCCCGCAAGUUUCGACUACCGAUCCGCGUGCCGCUCGGAUACAUUCUUCUUGUCGCUCACGUUCCCUGACGUAAACGAUGCUCGUCCAAUUAUAAGCGACAUCUCGAAGGACGUCGAUGCGCUGGAGCUGCGCGUAGAUUUGUUGAAGUAUCCCGAAGACGCGGAGUUCGUGGCUGCGCAAGUGGCGCUCCUCCGUUCGCUCUCGACUCUUCCGAUCAUCUUCACAGUGCGCUCGAAAGGGCAGGGUGGCGCGUUCCCGGAUGGCGAGGAGAACGAGCAGAAGAUGUUCGAGCUGCUUCAGCUCGGUGUCCGGUUGGGCUGUGAGUUCGUGGACAUGGAAACGUGCUGGUCGCGCAAAGCACGCGAGCACCUGAUGGCCCGCCGCCACCGAUCCGCCAUUAUCUCAUCCUUCCAUGCCGUGCAGAAGCCUACGUCUGAGGCUGAGACGCGAGCCAUUUUCCGCGAGUGCUUCUCGCAGGGAAGGGUGCAGAUCGUGAAGGUAGUGGUCAAGGCCUACUCUCCAGACGAUGCCCUCAUGGUGGACCAUAUUGCCAAGGAGUUUGCACACGCGUGGCAUCAGCAGAUGCCGAUCGUUUCGCUGUGCACCACCGACGCAGGCAAGCUGACACGUGUGUUGAACCGCACGCUCACGCCGGUGACACAUCCGCUGCUGCCUGCGGUCGCGGCGCCCGGGCAGCUUUCUGUGCAAGAGAUAAUGACCCUGCGCAAGCAGCUUGGGCUCCUUCCAGCUCGCGAGUUCUACCUGUUUGGAUCGCCGAUCCAGAAGUCGCCAUCACCUGCAAUGCACAAUGCUGGGUUCGAGUCCGCGUCGCUUGCGUCGCUCUUUACAUACGGCCUGCAUGACACCACGGACGUCCUGGAGAUCGUGAAGCGGAUGCGAGCACCCGGCACGAGCUUUGGCGGCGGUUCGGUCACCAUUCCACUCAAGUUGGACAUCAUGGAGCACCUAAACGAGCUAUCACCAGCUGCACGGACCAUUGGAGCUGUGAACACCAUUGUGCGUGCGGACCGAAACGGCUCGCCGUACUGGAAGGGCGACAACACGGACUGGCUAGGCAUCUUGCGUCCCAUCAGUAAGCGGCUCGAGGCACUCGGCACGAAGAAACCUGUCCACGAGCUGACUGCGCUCGUCAUCGGUGCAGGCGGCACUGCCAUGGCUGCAUCGUACGCGAUGCUCCAGUUGGGCGUCGGCAAACUGUUCAUCUUCAACCGAACGUUCGACAAAGCCGUGGCCGUUGCUACGCGCUUUGACGCGGAAGCGCUGUCGGAGUUGACGCCCGAGAGACUAGCUACGGUGGACGUGGUGGUGGGCACAAUUCCUGCGCAAGCUGGUUUCCAGCUCCCUGACCACCUCGUGGCGCCGCGCACUGACGGCAGCAAAGUCGUGGUGCUCGAUGCAGCCUACAUGCCUCCUAUCACGCCGAUGCUGGCGCACGCACAUGCGGCGGGCGGUGCGAUGUGCAUCCAGGGCUACGAGAUGCUGUACGAGCAGGCGAUCGCGCAGUUCUAUCGCUGGCACAAGGCGACGCAAGUGUGGGCCGUGGACGAGGACGCGAUCAAAGAGGCGUGCCGCCGCCACGUGCCGGUGGACCAGCGACUCUCCUAG